AUGAAGAAAGAAUUCGUUUUCUUGCUUGUGGCUUCACUGGCACAAAUUGGGACGGCAAAUAAAGAAUGGAUGGAAGAUUGCAAGAACCAGAGUGCAAAAAUUCAAAUUCAUUCGGCUGGUGGCGACUGGAGAAACCUUACGAGCGAUGUGACGUCUGAUCAAUAUUUUUGGAUCGAUCGAACGUUCACGUGCACUGCUGAUCCAGACCAUUACGCGCUUGUUCGAAUAAACGACAUGAUGGAUUUACCGUUAGAGACAAAAACUAUCACUUGUGGACCGCGGCGUAAAUGGAUGUACAAAGGUGAAGUCGUUCUCAAUGUUGGAUGCUACACAGGCAUAGGGGCAAAUUGGGUCCAAAAGUCCGAAGAAGAGGAAAGAAUUCGAAAUUGGAUGAGCAAGCAUCACGGAGCUAAAGAGGAUCAAAAGGAUUGGACAUGGAGCAGCACCCAGUAUGAACAACAAAAGAAAAUGCAGCGAAUGGCUUCGGAAAUCCAAAAUCUUUUGGUCAACAACUAUAAUAUG